AUGUUCCAACAUAUGAUCAAAUUUGGGACUGAACACUAUGGUGGUCCGCUGCCAUUUGGUCCACAAAUUACUCGUUUCUUGUAUCGUCUGGGCAUUGACUUGCGUGACAAAGUCUUCGUGUGUGAUGUGCUCGAUUAUUUGCAUCCCCAACAUGUUCUAGAACGUGUUGAUGCCUUGGUUGGUCCCCGUAAGCCUGUGACUGGCUUAGGGGGAGUGAACAGUCAGCAACAACUGGCCUCCUCGACGUUGGUUAAUGCAGAAGCUGCAGCAUACAAGCAAGAGGCUGGUGCAGGAGUGGUCCAAAAAGGAGGUUGA